CACGUGUUCAACACAUUCUUGUCAUCAUCACACCAGAUCCUCAGACCAGCUGGAAGAGGUAUAGGAGAGUAACUGUGCUCACUCUCAACAACUGUGAGUUGGUCUUUGCUUGACAGAUGAGCUCGCUGAGCUGGGAGAGUGAGGUGCGGCUUCCUCCUACUCCCUGCACCAGGACUGAGCUGCCCCGGUCUCUCAGCUCCUAGCCUGGCAUCCCUUCUACCAGCCCAGUAGGCAUUCCCCCAACACAAGGACCUGUGGAGGCCAAGGGCAUCACCCCAGUCCUUGAUCCUGGGAAAUGGAGCAUGUAACUGUGCUUUCUUUAUGGAUUCACUUCAGUGACCAAGAGCACAUUGCGUUACUUUCAAAUAUAAGGGAGCCUCUCAUCUUCUCAAAGGAAUCCCAAAUAUCCCUUCUGAAGAGUCUUCCCGCAGAGAUGGCGCUGAGCAGGAAGGUGUUUUAUUUUGUCUUGGCCUUUUUCUUCAUGUUGGCUCAAUUUCCGUCAGGGUGCCAGGCAGGACUCCAGUAUUCCCAGCCACUCUCAGCAGGUGAUACGUCUCCCUGUGAGCCAUGCUGGCUCGGUCGGGGCAGAUGCAGGAAGAUGUGCAAUGAGAACGAGAAGAUUGUCGGAAAUUGCAAAGUGAACUUUUUCUGUUGCCGACGGAGGAUCAUGUAA